GUCAAUGAUUUGGUAGGUGAACUUUGAUCAUCCCUCUUAAAAAAUUCUUGCAAGUAAAUCAGAAGAAGGAAACACACGAAUUCCAAAUUCAUUUUUUUAAGAAUUGAAAGCGAGAAGAAGAAAAUUAAAAAAGAAAAGUCAUGGGAAUUUACUCGACGGUGAUGGAGUCGGUGACGGAGGUGACGGGGCUAUCCCCGACGGCGUUCUUCACAAUACUUGCCAUGAUGGUGGUUGUCUACAAUAUAGUGUGCGGCAUGUUUCUGGGUCCGGAAGAUUUUCAUCAAAAGCCGCAAAAAGAGGCAGUUCAGGUGGGAGAUAUCACGGAGGAAGAGCUAAGAGCUUACGAUGGUUCUGACCCCAAAAAGCCCCUCCUAAUUGCCAUCAAAGGCCAGAUCUACGACGUCUCAUCCUCCACAAUGUUUUAUGGGCGUGGAGGGCCUUAUUCGAUGUUUACAGGGAAGGAUCCGAGCAGGGCCUUGGCUAUGUUGUCAUUCAAACCUGAAGAUCUGACAGGGAACAUCCAAGGCUUGAGUGCUGAGGAGCUUGGUGUGUUAGAGGAUUGGGAAUAUAAAUUCAUGGAGAAGUAUCCUAAAGUAGGACGGGUCGUUCCUGCACCAAAUACCACUGAAAAUGGAGAUGAAGUUCACCUUCACCACGAAGAUAGGAAUGGACUACUACUACAACAACAACAAAUUGGAUGAUGAUUCCAAGCUUAAAACACUCUGUUGUAGCAAUUUGAAUAAUGAUGCUUUCGAGUUCCUAGAAAAUUAUCAUAAAUGUGACCCAACGUCGACUAGAGCAGUAGACUUCUAGUACUUCAUUUUUGGUUUUUUUGAAAGUAAUAAUCAUAAACGCGGAGGAUAAAUAACUCAAUACUAACAGUCGAACA